AAUCCCCAAACGGGAAAUUCUCCGACCGACCACAUCGAGUGCACGAUCGCCAGAUUUCGGCUCCGCGGCUUGCGGACAGUCCGCCCUCGCCUUCGUUGGAGGCAAACUGGUUCCCCAACUGAAAAUAAUCGAGAAGAGCCCGAUUUAGCGACUCUCGCUCAACAAUCCAGUCAAAGCCCUGGGUGUCUCUUGGCCCCGCCCCCAGCUUUCCGUCAGUGCGGGGAGGUUCUAUCGGCCUCUCCGGACAUCGCCCGACUUGACGAGGCAUACUGAGCACACUCGGCAGGGGUUAAGCGCGCCGACGUUGCUUGCAGCUUCCUGUCGACGAGGGCUUGCAUCCGCACGCGGCCAGGCUGACCUGUCCCCGACGUGCCCCUUCUCUCACGUACUCAGUGGCGACUUGUUCCUCCUGGACGAUACAAUGUCGGCCACAACGUUUUCCUACGCGCAAGCUGCGCGGGGUCAGACCGCUUCACAACCGAGUCCGCAACAGACUUCGAGCCCUGCCCCGUCGACGACUGGCUCUCAGGGAAAAGAUGACGCGUCUACCGGUGCCACGUCUGUGACAGCGCCCUCAGUUGCCACCAAUGGCGCCGAAGUUCAAGAUACUCAGAGGCUUGCAACCCAGGUGGAAGGUCCAGCGUCAAAGCAGGAUUCUGAGGCUUCUUCUGUUGUUGGCGCAAGCUCGUCUACAGCAUCCGUCGCGGAGCAGUCUGGAAAGACAGCCCAAGAGAACAGCACAAAGGCGACCGAUAUCACGGCCCAGUCCCAAGGCGAGGACAAGGGCUCACGCUCGACUAGUCGGACCUCCCGCGUGAACGACAACACGGACGGCAGGAGAGGUCGGAAGGGCAAGAAAGGUCGUGCGAGUGACAAGGAUGCACAGAGCGAACAACACCAGGAGGACGAUUCGGAGAAGGCGAAGGAGCCUGCAAAGCCCGUCAUUCUCACAGAAGCGCCCCCCCCUGCAGUCAACCCAUGGGCGAAACGCAUGGAAGCCCAAAAAGCAGCCGUCAAGGCCAAACUUGCCUCACCAGACGGACCGGCGCCCGGUAGCGAGCAGAAGCUGGCCUCAUCACAGGAAGAUGCCGGUGCGCGCGGCACAAGCCAGAACGGUGCGAAUGCGUCGCAGAAGAAGUCAGCUGAGGCAUCACGGCCUGAUCAGGCACCCCGCAAAAGCGGUACCCGUGGCAACCGGGCUGGCGACAAGGACGAGAAGAACCCGGUGUCGCUGCCUCCAGUCGCAGAUCCCUCGCUCUGGCCUGACCCCAAGGCCGCCGCUGCACGGGAGCCGCUUCCCCGUAAGCCGCACGAGAAGGGCGACACGUCUCAAAAGGAGGGCCAAGAAGAGGCUGGUCCUCCUCGCAAGAAGACCUGGGAGAAGCUUGAGAUUGUGCACUCUGUUGUCUUUGAGACCCAGCUCCCGCAACUUCGCGGCUCGAAACCUCGUGGUGGCGCGCGAGGCGGCCGUGAAGCUGGCUCGAUCAGGGGCAACCAUUCAGGUGCCGCCGGCGCCGCCGGCGCUGCCGGUACUGCCGGUACUGCCGGUGCAGCUGCCUCCCAAGCCUCCGCCGGCUCGAUGAGCGACAAGGCGCCUUCUCCCGGGGGCGCCACAGGUCCCAGGGCUGCAACGAUUCGUGCACGUGAGGGGAGCGUCCCUUCACGCUCGACAUCCCAGCCCCAAGCACCGCACCCCUCAAAGCGGGCCUCAAUUGAUGGGGCUUCCCGCGACCAGCGCAAGACCUCGGCUCCAGGAAACAGCACGAUCGAGCAUCCGCGCGAUGCGAACCCGGAUGCAUCAUCGCUGUCGAAGAGGGCUAGUGCAGUACGAGAUAUCCGGGCCGAGAGUGGACCGUUGAAUUUCGAGGCUGGGCAAGCGGCAGGCAAAACGCAACCCCAGGAGCGAAACAGCUUCCAGACCCGCGGCGACUACGCGAAAGACGGUCCGCACGGGCAACAAUAUCCUGCACGCGAGAACCGUCCGGAGCGUGGUCGCGGCGGUGGUUACCGUGGCCGUGGUGGCCACGCCGGCUCCUCGUCUCACAUGGGGUCUGCAUCGUACGUCCCCAACGGACACUACCCAGCCCCUGCCGGCUUCCCAUCCCGCCAGGCCUCCAGUGCGCACAGCCCUCCGCCUUUCUCCGGCCAGUUCCCGGCGGCUUUUGGCCACCCCACGAGAGGCAGGGGGAGCAAGUGGGCUGGCUCUGGUCAGUCAGCUGCGCGCAACAGUUCGGGCGCCGCUGGAUUCCCACUUAAGACUCCCCAGAUGGCCGAUUUCGCGGUGGGCCAGUACCCUCCGUACAUGUACUCGCCCAUCUACGAUCCAUCUAUCGCAAUUCUCAAAACCCAGGUUGAGUACUACCUCUCUGUCGAGAACCUGUGCAAGGAUUACUACCUCCGUCAGCACAUGGAUGGGCAGGGCUUCGCCCCUUUGUCGAUAAUUGCAGACUUCAAGCGGAUAAAAGCCGUUACUGAAGAUCUGGAGUUGGUUCGACUUGCUUGCUCGCUUUCCGAUCAGAUCGAGUUUGGUGUCGGUGACGAUGGUAUCGAGCGGUUGAGGAUUCGCGACAAGUGGAAGCACUUCGUCCUGCCUCCCAAUGAGCGCUUCGAACCUUAUCGCAACAACGGCCCGACGACCUUCACUCCGUAUACCAGGCCAGACGCCCAUUUCGUCGCCCCUUUCCCCGGCCCUAUUGUUCCUCAGCCGUAUCCGACUGCAGCUGGUGGCGCUUUCCCGGCGUUUUCUGAGGAGCAGAUGUUCCAGCCCCCCUUCGUCAACGGGGCUCUUUUCAACCCUGCCGUCAACGGCGCUGUGGUAAAUGGCCACCAUCAUGGCCCCGAGUCGCGGCUGUCUGCCGGUGUCCCGGAAUACGCGCCUCCUCAGUCUCCCGUUACGCUGGAGAGCAUGACCAACUUCUCCGACUCUCAGGUGGAGAACUUGAUCAUGGUUCUGAGCUACGAAGAGAAGGAGGGUUCGGGCUCUUCUGAUGCUGCCGGCGUGGCAGGUUAUGUCUCGGAGGAUCCCCACGGGAGCCCAAACGGCGUUUCUGCGCGCUCGCCUGACAUGCCAAGUGUCAACGGGGAGGCGCAUGAUGGGCCCGGCAAUGCGGAUCAACCCGAACGCGGGAUCGUCUGGCUUGAUACACAGGCGACUUCUUCUGCCGAGACGCAGACGGUCCGCAAACCUUACUCCGAGAUCCGUCAGGCGGCGCUUGAGCAGCGUCGGAACGCAAAGGCCGGCGAGACUUCCCGCUUGAUGCAGAAGCUUUACAAAUUCUGGUCGCAGAUGCUGCUCAACGACUUCAACGCCAAGGUUUACCAGGAGUUCAGAGAGCUGGCCCUCGAGGAUGCGUCGCGGGAGGCGCCCAUCAAGAGUGGGCUGAAGUACCUGCUUGAGCUUUACAACAGGCUUCUGUUUGACAACAACACCCGGAAGCCUUGGCCUCAGGGCCGUGCAGUGCCGGAGAUCUUGACGGCUCAUUACAACGAGGCUGUCGAGUUGGACCUCAAAAUUGGCGGCAAGGAGGUGACGACGAUCUGAAGACUUCUGAAGCCCAGCUGUCUCCGAGCCCGGCGAUCCCGUCCGACUGCUCCGCGACCCCGGUGGGGAUCAGAAGCACCACCUAUCUUCGUUUGACG